UCGGCUCUGUGACUGACAGAAGACGCCUCGCCUGGUUGGACAGCUGACGGUCACAUUCAGACAGAGAGAGAGAGAGAGAGAGAGUGAGAGAGUGAGAGAGAGACAGAGAGAGAGAGAGAGAGAGGGAGAGAGAGAAGAAACAGCAACAAUAUACACAACAAACCGGCACCGAGACACAGACACACACACAAAAAGACGGGUCACCUAACCUCCUUUUUAUUUCUUAUUUUUCUUUUUUUAAUCGCUGUGAUGCAACAACGCCGGUAGUCGAAGUUGUGUGUGUCUUUCUCUGUGUGUGUGAGGACUAAUUCACCGAUCACAACCGGGGAAGCACGUCCAGGCGAGACUUCCCUGCCAGGGACCCGGGGGAGGAGAGGUAGGGAAGGCCAGCCAGCAAAUUAAGGCAGUCGGCGGGGAUGGGAGAUGAUGGAGGACAAAGGCCCUCGUGUAGCCGACUACUUUGUGAUGGCCGGUCUGACGGAAUCGUCCAAGCCGCUGGACCAGGAGAUCCACUUUGACGAUGACUGCCACAAGACAGCCAAGCCCAAGGCGCCCAUCACCGACGUGGCGCUGGUGAUCCGCUCGUUGGGCGAGGAGGUACCGCCGGGGUUCACCUGCAUUGAGACGACGCCAACCGGCCACUCGGCUGAUCUUAACAAUGGCGGCCUCAUGGCGCCGCAGAUCUUCCUGUGCUACAGGCGAGGUCGCGACAAGCCGCCACUAACUGACCUGGGCGUGCUGUACGAGUGGAAGGAGCGACUGAAGCAGGGCUGCCACAUAAUCCAGACCACACCCUGCGGCCGCCCGGCUAACGUCAGCGGCAAUUCCUCCCAGCGCAUCUACGUCACCUAUCGCCGGGCGCCCGAGAGCCAGCCGCACGCCGCCCUGGCCGUCACCGACAUCUGCAUCAUUAUCCCGAGCAAGGGAGAGACGCCUCCGCACACUUUCUGCAAGGUGGAGAAGAAUCUCAACAGCAGCAUGUGGGGUUCCUCUGUCUACUUGUGUUAUAAGAAGUCUGUGGCCAAAACCAACACAAUAGCCUACAAAGCAGGUUUAUUCAGUAGAUAUCCAGAGGAGGACUAUGAGUCAUUCCCGCUGCCAGAGUCUGUUCCUCUCUUCUGCCUUCCCAUGGGGGCCACGAUCGAGUGCUGGCCAGCUAACACCAAAUACUCCCUCCCUGUUUUCUCUACCUUCGUCCUGACCGGAGCCUCCGGAGAGAAGGUGUACGGUGCUGCCAUUCAGUUCUACGAGCCCUUCCCACCGGAGUGUCUGUCCGAUCAGCAGCGCUCCCAGCUUGGUCUCCUAAACCCAGAUCCCCAAAAACCCUCCCCCUCAUCCUCCUCCUCUUCCUCCUCCUCCUCCUCCUCUUCCUCUUCCAUCUCCAACACUACAGCUUCUGCCACCAGCGGCAACACCACCACCCCUCGCUCUGUCCACACCAACAAGUGUAUCUGCCUGCUGUCCCACUGGCCCUUCUUCGAUGCUUUCCGCAAGUUCCUCACAUUCCUCUAUCGCUACUCCAUCUCCGGCCCUCACGCGCUGCCCAUCGAGAAGCACAUCUCUCAUUUUAUGCACAAAGUUCCCUUCCCUUCCUCUCAGAGGCCUCGCAUCCUGGUGCAGCUUUCCCCUCAUGACAGCCUGAUGUUGAGCCAGCCAGUGUCUUCUCCUUUACCGCUCAGUGGCGGUCGGUUUUCCACACUGCUCCAGAACCUCGGACCAGAGAACGCCGUCACCCUACUGGUGUUCGCUGUCACUGAACAUAAGAUCCUGGUUCACUCGUUACGACCCGCCGUACUCACCAGCGUCACUGAAGCUUUGGUGUCUAUGAUCUUUCCUUUCCACUGGCCGUGCCCGUACAUCCCUCUGUGCCCCCUGGCGCUGGCUGACGUGUUGAGCGCCCCGUGCCCGUUCAUCGUCGGGGUGGACUCUCGCUACUUUGACCUUUACGACCCCCCUCCAGAUGUGAGCUGCGUGGACCUGGACACAAACACCAUCUUCCACAAUGAAGAUAAGCGAGCCCUCACAUGGAAGAUCCUGCCAAAGAAAGCCUGUAAAAACCUAAUGAAUGUGCUGAGCAAUCUGUACCAGCAGCUGAUUGACGGUCAGUGCCGGCCCGAUGGGUUGCUGGAGCUGAGCAUGAGCGAGUCAUCCGAGCUGAGCUGCGGGAAAAGCCUCCACGCUGUGGAGCUGGAGAUCCAGGAAGCCUUCCUGCGCUUCAUGGCAGCCAUAUUGAAGGGCUACCGCUCUUUCUUGCGACCCAUAACGCAGGCGCCCUCUGAGAAAGCCACGGACGCUAGCUCGCUAUUUGACUUGCAAGGUUUCUUGAAGAGCCGCGACCGCUCGCACCAGAAGUUCUACUCCCUGAUGACCAAAACCCAGAUGUUCAUCCGCUUUAUAGAGGAGUGCUCUUUUGUCAGUGACAAAGACGCCAGCUUGGCCUUCUUCGACGACUGCGUUGACAAACUCUACAGCUCAGAGCGGAGUGCAGAUAAAGGAAGCAAGGUCGACGGUGACAGGCCAGAGGAGACCAGGCUGAUAGAGAUUGAUGAAUCCCAGCGUAGCGAGCACACAGUCUUCAUCACACCUCCAGAGCUGUCUCCUCUGCCUGAGGGGGAGGAACAUCCGCUCUGCUACAGGUAUGACGGCUUCCCGGUGUUAAGUCUCGACCUGUUUGACCCGGUCGAGGGCCUGCGGACUCCCUCCUCUCGACUCGCUGCUCGGCAAAGCUGUCCCACCAGCCCCGCACCCAUGUUUAGACGCACCAAGCAGGAAAUCAAAUCGGCCCAGAAGAUAGCCAAGAAGUACUCGUCCAUCCCCCAGAUGUGGUCCAAGUGCCUGCUCCGUCACUGCUACGGCCUGUGGUUCAUCUGUCUGCCAGCGUACGUGAAGGUGUGCCACUCCAAGGUGCGGGCGCUUCGCACCGCCUACGACGUCCUGAGGAAGAUGCAGGCUAAGAAACUGCAGCCACCAGACGAGGUCUGUUACCGGGUGCUGAUGCAGCUGUGUGGACAGUACGGCCAGCCCGUCCUGGCAGUCAGAGUCCUCUUUGAGAUGAAGAAAGCUGGAGUCCACCCCAAUGCCAUCACUUAUGGUUACUACAACAAGGCGGUGUUGGAGAGCACGUGGCCCUCCAGCACCAGAGGAGGAUACUUCCUGUGGAUGAAGCUGAGGAACGUCGUCCUGGGUGUGGCUCAGUUCAAACAGGCGCUACGGAAACACGCCCCCCUGAAUCAGAGCCCGCUGUCAGAUGGCAGCGACCUGGACGCUGUGAGUCACGGCAGCCUGGAUAGCGCUGCCGACACUAACCUGGCCGAGCAGGGCCCCUUCCCCACUGACUCCGUCAAAGUAGACCCCACUGAUGAUAGAUCUAGCACAGGAGAUCAGUCAGAUCUGGGUUACAACUCGCUGUCCAAAGAGGAGGUUCGCAGAGGAGACGCCGGCGCCCAGGACUCGGCCCCUGACAAAGAUGACAAGAAGGAGAGCGACUGCAGCUCUUUGUCAGAGUCCGAGAGCGCCAAGGGAAGUAAAGACUGCCUCCCUCAGUUGGACGUGGAGGUCCAGUCCUCCUUCAAACCUCGUGGGAUCGUUCGUAGCAGCUGUCCGUAUGACGAUUCGUCCUGUAAACCCAAGAGCUCCGUCAGCACAGGUCUCCUCUUCACUUCCUCCCUUGAUGAGAUCGGCGAGGUCCAGACCAACAGUUUGCUCAGGAGACACAAGAGCGCUCUGGAGGACGUGGUGGGCAGCGCCAGCAGCGGCUCGGCUCUCGACUGGCAGGGCGUGAGGGGCCGUCGGCUGAGCGGUGACACGGUGGGCAGCAGCGGCAGUGGCACCACCGUGCUCGGCCUGGGUAUGACCCAGGGUGAGACCGACCCCGACAAGAUUGCGGGACACCUGGGCGCGGAUGCAAAGAUUCUUUCCGGUGCCAACUUCAGUAAGAGCAAGAGGCCUCGUUCACUGGCUCUGGGCGGCUUGGAGGAGGUGACUGCUAAGGUUGGGGCUGCCAGAAGUCAUGGACACAGGGAGGAAGAAGAGGAUGCAGAAGGACAGGACUCCAGUGAUGAGGACAGAAGUAAUACAGAGGCUAUUUUUGAUUUGGAGGACCUGGAUUUGGACAAGCCUGCCCAAGAGGCUAGAAUCAGCUCUCACACCACCAGCAAACCUCAUAAGAAACUUGUUGAACGCAGCAUUAGCGACUGCGGCGUGAGCACCAUGACGUCCAGAGGAGCCGUGAAGCGAACAGGCAUCGAGACGGGCUACGACCCCCUGUCCCUGCUGGCGGCCGAGUCCAAGUCCGAGCAGCAACAAGAGGAUGAGUACCCAGAGGGGGAUGAGGCCAGUACGCCAAGCGCCCGUAGGAACCUGGCCAGAGAGAUCGAGCUCUACAUGAACCACAUGGGAAGCCCGCUGAGAAGCCGCACACCCAGCCUGGACCUGCAAGACCCAGUCAGCCCCCUCCUCCUCCACCCUUCCUCAAUCUCUGCCCCCCGCAGAGCUAGCUUACCCCACAGCUCCCCACUCAGGACUGCCGGAGUACCACGUUCCCGUACCUACCACCCGCCAUCGCCCUCCCAACCCAUUUCACGCCAACGUUUGUGGUCGUCGCCGCCCCGUCGCAGCUCCAGCACCACUCCGAGCCCCAGCCCCCGACCCAGCCCCUACAGAGAGCGGUCCGACAGGAUGAGCCUGUCGUCACAGUCACCGUCCUCGUCUUCUUUCGCCCUGGACACGCUGCUCACGCCGACGCUGGAUGUCUUCAAAACCAGCAUGGUCUCCGCUGGGAAGGGCGUGGCAGAGAAGGCGAGCCGCUGGUAUUCCCGCCUGGCUACGUACACCACACCUACCAAGGACGGUCACUGUGACCGCCUCAGCGUGUCCUCCUUCGGUAUUGAUCCAGACUGCUCCUCCUUACUAGACGAUGAGGACUGCAGGGGUUCAAAGAGCUCUAUGGUGUCUCCACAGAAGAACGGCCAUGUUGGCUCCUUAGGGCCCCGCAGGAGCCCCAGACGCAGCCCGCUCCACAACAGACUGGAAAGCCCCACCGCUGGCUCCAGUUUGGGGAGACCAACAUCUCUGCUCCCUGGGUGCAUCCUCUCUCCUCCUGGUUUCCCUCUGCCAGAUAAGUCGGACCUCGGCUCUUCACGCUACACCAGCAACACCAGCAUCUUCAACAACUUCGCCAUGGAGCUGCUGAUCUCCAGCUGUUCUCGCUGUAAGACGUGCGACUGCCUGGUUUACGACGAGGAGAUCAUGGCCGGCUGGACGGCAGACGACUCCAACCUGAACACCACCUGCCCCUUCUGCGGAAACCCCUUCCUGCCCUUCCUCAACGUGGAGAUCAGAGACAUGCGAGGACCCGGCAGGUUGUUCCUGAAGGGCAGCCCGUCGGUGGACGAGGCGAUGACAUCAUCGUACUCUGCAUCCACAGGAUUGGACACAGGGACGUCCACCUUGUCCACUCCGUGUCCCACCACAGCUGUGUCCCCUCCCUCCCCUGUGAUCGCUGUCCAGGAGUGUUCAGGAGGAAACAGGACUCAGUCAACCAGUGCUCAGGGUAUCGACAUCCCCACAGAUCGAUGGCAGGGGGCACAGUGCCCCGGAGCGCCCAUGGCCCGCAGCGUCAGCGCCUUCGGGCCUCUGGGCGAAGCGUCCCAGCACAGCCGCUGUGUGCCGACCUCAGGCAGUCUGCCCAGCCGCCUCAACGAAACCACUGAUCCGCUGAAUAUGGACUGGCGGCUCCACAACCCCGAGCCGGUCACAGUUCCCUACCUGAGCCCGCUGGUGCUGUGGAAGGAGCUGGAGAGCCUGCUGGAGAACGAGGGCGACCCGGUGAUCACGGAGGCCGACAUAGUGGACCAUCAUCCCAUCAUCUACUGGAACCUGGUCUGGUACUUCAGACGUCUGGAUCUGCCCAGCAACCUGCCGGGCCUCAUCCUCACCUCCGAGCACUGCAACAGAGAGUCCCAGGUUCCUCGUCACUGGAUGUCUGAGGACAGUAAACACGUGUUGAUCCAGAUCCUGUGGGACAACCUGAAGCUGCACCAGGACCCGCUGCAGCCUCUCUACAUCCUCUGGAACACAUACAAUGUGGGUUACCCUCUGUCCCGGCGGAUCCCGGAGGAGGAGAAGCCGUUCACUGAGGAGCUGCUGCAGAGCGUGGUGAAGAGCAUCCAGAGGAACGACGUCAGCAGACCGAUGGCACAGCUGCUGCAGAUGCUGGGUCAGACGCUCGGGGUCAAAAGGCAAAGGAGUUUGUACAGAGACAUCCUCUUCCUCUCCCUGGUGGCUCUGGGAAAAGAUAACAUUGAUAUCGACGCCUUCGAUCGUGAGUACAAGCUGGCGUACGACCGCCUGACGCCCAACCUGGUGAAGCUGACCCACAACUGCGACCGUCCUCCCAGCACGGGGGUCAUGGAGUGUCGCAGGACGUUCGGAGAGCCUUACCUGUAAAAAAAAAAAAAAAAAAAACCCAACAAAAAACACACACACACACACACACACAGCGGGGUCAACAUCCCAAAAAAACACACACCACCCGAGUCAUUGCUUUAAAAGACGAGCUCAGGAAAAACCUCUAUGGAAGACUGUGAAUGUGCACUGUGGUAAUGUUUCAUUUAAAAAGGGUGAAGUGGACGGCCGUCAGCGUUAUGUAGCCUGACUAAGAGAAUUAAAAAAAAAAGAAGAAGAAAAAGACUUUAUCUGAACGAACCAUAAAAACCACUUCAUGCAGCGUUGUCUUUGGAAGAUUAGACAAAUAUACUGUACAUACACAGCAGUAGAGGAUUUUUUUAAAAUGCAACAUUUAUAUUGUAUAGUCACACAGCAUAUGAAGACUAAUAUUAGCAAUAUUUUAACUUGAAUUCUAUUUAUACAAAGUAAGCUUUAUUUAUUGUAGUGUCUUCUUCUUUUUUCUUGUUUUUUUUUUGUGUGUGUGUGUGUGUGUGUGUGUGUCGGGCGUAGUUUUUUUCAUGUCGUGUCGUCAUCUCGCAGUUUAAACCAGGACGACUUGAACCUGAACACUCAGCGCUCAAUUUGCACCGACGUGUGGAGAGAGAGUAUGUUACCGUUUGUAUUUAGUGUCUGCUGUUAAGAGAUGAUUUAAGAUUCAGUGCUUUAAAAAAAAACAAAAAACACACUUAGAGAAUGUUUUUAAGCUGCCUUUAACGUUAGUCCCGAGUCUGAAGAUUAAUGUCCAACAGUUAAAGUAGAGCUCUACGUUUUCAUUUCAUUUAAACCGUGACGUUUACACAACAGUACACAAAACAGUAUAUUUUUGGUAUUUUAUCAUCAUAUGAACAAUAACUUUUCUUUUUUUUGGUAGUUUUCUGUACCGGUGGAUCACAGAAAAAGCAAAUAUCAGUAUUACUGCUCAUCGUCUUUGUACUGAAACACACACACACACACACAAACACAAACGUGAUGAUAAAUAUGUAGUUUACAUUAACGUCUGUCAUUACGAGAUGAAUUGAAGUGUUGGAAGUUUAUCCUGAAACACAGAAGCUGCUCCGAUAGAAGAAAAACAAACCCCUAAAACUAAAUAAUUUGUCACUUUUCUGUCCGUGCUGAUAAAAAAAACACUUUCACUUCAUUUAAUUACACAUUCAGGCAGUGAUACGAGCCUGUUGAACUUCUUUAAUGUAACUAAUUCUACUAUUUUUUAUAGUUUUGGAAAGAUUUCAGUCAGUAGUUAUUGUUAACAUUAAACUCUAAGUAAUGGCGGACAUCUGAGAACAAAGAAACAUUGCUAUAAGAAAGACAAGAAACAAAAACAGACAUUUAUUCAGAUGAACUAAAUUACUUCAAUAAUUUAUAGUAUUACAUUUGUUUCAUAAUAAUUGAACAAAGUUUCCCAAUAAUCAAACAAAAAAUAAAUAAAUUGAAACUAAAAAAACUACCUGAAAAGCAACAUUUACAAUAAAAACUAUACAAAAGUGCUACAUUUAUAAUUAUAAUACUCUCACUUUUCUUUCAGUGAUCAGGAUUUCUAAUUUACACUCACGUCUUUUUAGUUCCUGAUAAGUGAAAAAAAAAAAAGAGAAUAUUAUAAUCAAAUGAUGCACUUGUAUUGUAAGUUUUGCCUUCGAGGUCUUCUUUGUUUGGUCUUAAUUUAGUUAAGAAUUAAAUUAUUAUUAAUAUUUUAAUUCAUUGGGAGAUUUAGUUCAGUUUAAUAUGACACAAUUUUAACUCUAAUAAUCCUUCAAUUCACAGAAAAACUGCAGCAAAAAUGUUUUCAAACCCAAUAAAGCCUUUACUGUCCGGCUGUCACAGGUUGCUUAGAUACAUAAACACAUAUCUGUUUUAUUUUACAUUGAUGGUACACGUUGUAAAACCAGCCUGUGGCUCUACAGCAGCAUAUCUGAAUGUUUACGGCAAAGUCUGUGACGGUACUGAAUGAAUCUCAGAAGCUUUACUGAUAAAGACCGACGAGUGUAUUAAAUCACUAAUCGAAUGGUACAAACUUCAACCGUUACACUGAUGAACUCUGGACUGUUUUUAUGAGUCUUGCACCAGAAUGUGGUUUCUGUAAGUUGUUAAUGGGAGAAAAAAAGAGGUUAAAACACUUUGACAGAGAAUGUAGAAAAGGGUCAUUUAAGUGCAGGUUUAUUUACUAUAACUGAGCUGAUGUUUGUCAUUGCUUUGUUUCACCUGCAGCUUCCUGUUUAUAAGUUGUGUAAAAAAAAGCUCACAGUGGAGCAGAGACGUUAAAGUUCGGAGGAAAAUUUCAGGGAAAAUGUUGGAAGUAUCCCCAAAGUAACAUCCAUCAUCACCAUCAUCAUCAUCAUCCUGUAUAAACUUUAAACAUCAGCUUUAGUACAACCAUAUAUAUGUAAAAAACAACAGUUAAGAAAAAGGGAGAUGCUAUAAUAAGGAGUAAUGAUGGUAAAGAACAGAUGGUAGCUAGGUAAAGUUGCCCUGUGGAGUACUCUCCCAAAAACACUUUGUGUGUAUCGUUGAGGUCUUAAAAAAAAAAAAAAUUUGAAUGCAUUUCUUUCCUCAAAAAACAUUUUGCAAAGUCAGUUUUCUUUUAGAUUCAACUUUUUUUUUACAUCCAUGUUUACUAGCCUGCAGUCGUCUUCUUCUCUGACUUUUCCGGCACAUCACAGCCUCCUGUAGUUAAAUGAACGUGUGUCUCUUCUCCUGUGACUCACUCAUAAUAAAAUACAAACUUCUCCAGAGCGCUACCAGAGGUUAGAAACUCCACAGGGCAACUUUCUGCACAUCUCAGUGCCUGUUAGAAGCAGAUUGAACAGAAUUUAUACGACUACGUCUCCAUCAAGUGGGUUAAAUUCUAAAAUGCAUGUUUCUUGCAAAAAAUAGCAGGCUGACAUACUGUUACAAUACGUUAUACAUUACUUACCGUUACUGUACGUGUUUCAGCUCAUUUUGGCAGAUACCUCCGUCUACGAGCAGGAGUCAGCCACAGAAAAGCAGUGAUGAAGAAACUGUUGUGUACAUGGUUUCUGUUUCUGUUUCUGAAAUUAAGUUUAUUUUAAGUAAAUUACAACAAUUACAGCAAGAGAAAGCUGGUGGAUAUCUCCGUUAAACUUUAAACAAGAGAAAAAACCCGAAAAGCCAAAACAGAGAAAUGUGCAUUUACGAAUUUAGCCGGCUUAGUGUGAACAAUCUCUUUAUCUCAGACUCUGAUGCAAAUUCAGAACCUGAAGUUUAUGUCCAAGUUUGUUUUAUCAUCAUAAAAACUUUAUCAAACCAGGAUGUUGUUACCACCCACUACUCACUUACACUUUACAGUCCGUUAAAGUUUAAUUUUUUUAUGUAUCUGUGUUUAUUUUUGCCCACAACUUAUUUAAGCAGCUUCAUCUCUGGAAAGAACAUUUCCAACAUGAAGCAGCCUCUGCUGAUGAAAUGAAUAAAGAUGGUUUUGUAUCAGCUGUGGAGGCUGUGAAAGUUAAGAGAGGUCCGAUUGUGUUAAAUUGUCCUUUGAGGGAAUGAACGUUGGUCAUAUGAUGCCGUGACCCCCCCCUAAAAAAAAAAAAGAGACACAGAUGUUUUUAUACUGAUUAAAAUUUUGACACUAAAGAAAAUCAGAUUCACCCUCGAAGCAUUUACUGGUUUUUAUUUAACAUUCACUUUGAGACUGUUAAUUGUAAAAGUAUGGAAGGUAAACCAGGACUUAAAAAAAAAAAAGUGACACAAAAGUGGGCUGAGAUUUUGGAAAUGUAUGAGAACAGUUGUUUUGCAUCUGGAUACAAAUCUCUGCACACAUUUGCACUAAUACAUUUUUUUGGCCAAAUUAUUCUGGAUGAAACUGGAUUUGGGAGAAACUUGUAAACUGGUUAAUUAUUGCUUUCAUGUGACUGUUAAUCGAACAUGAUGACUGACGGACUGAUAUGAUGGUUGAAGGAGGACCUCCGGUUUAGACUCAGGUCUUAUGAAUGUUAACCACAUGUAUAACCAGUCCUGGAAAAGUCAGGAAGUCGCUUUGUCCCCACAAAAAAAAAAGAACGAACUGCUUUGACCCGGCAGGUCCAGGAGAGGACGCAUCGACUUCGAUGUCAGCAGCUUGUAAAAAAAGAAAAGCUGCCAUUCAUCUGUGGAUUUUUGUUGUUUUAAAAGAAAAAAAGAAGAAAAAAAAAACAAAGUUGUACAAAUGAAUGAUUUUACAGAAUCUGGGGCCCUGUACAUUUUAACUCGCCCUUUGUAGAAAUCACAUUUUAUAGCAGUUUAUUCACACAUGUGCAAAAAAAAGGUCCUUUUAGAUGUUGUUGAAGGUUCUGUACAGAGAUGAGAUCUUCAGGACUGUUUAACUGUAAAUAAAAAUCACCUAC